UAAGAAUGCGCUCAGCAAUUUUAUUCGGCCUGGUGGCCUGCUUGGCUUUUAGCCUCGUCCUGGCAGCUGAAGAUUCUCCCAUCCAGUCGAAUGAUUUGUCCUCCAUCGAGAAGGAUAUCGGCCAAGCUGUGGAGUCGGAGGUGCGAGCUAAGAGACAAUUUGGCUUUGGCGGACCCUUUGGCGGCGGAUUCGGACACAGGCGUCAUUUCUACGGUGGUUAUGGCGGAUAUGGUGGAUACGGCGGAUUCGGCGGUCCUUUCGGAGGUUUCGGCGGUGGUCCCUUCGGCGGCUUUGGAGGUCCUUUCGGAGGCUUUGGAGGAGGCCCAUUUGGAUUCUACGGCUAAAUAUUUUAAUCUACCAAUAAAUGAAG